GAUCCGCGUUCCGGGUUUCAAGUAAUUCCCUCCCCUACCGGGAAAAUUGUCGAGCUUCUGCUCAUGUCUGCAGAGAUUCCAUUGAGUUUUCCGCUCCUGCGCUCGGCAUCAUAUUCCAGGUCCGAGAGAUGUUAGCACCGAAACUUGUGAAACUCUCUAGUGUCCACGGCGGCCUCAAACGGCUCAUGUGCUCGCAUGUCGUGGAGAAGUUAAAGUGCUGCUUCCGGAAAAGUGGACUAUGAAAUGCCAUACAUACGAGUUGGCGAUAGAAACGGCACCACAAAAAUCGUGGCCAUCCAUGGCACACCGGGAUCAUUGGAGGAUUACCGAUGUCUGAUAGCUCCUCUCCAGAAGCGAAUACCGAAGCUGGAAUUCGUAGCCAUGACAUUGCCGGAUCUGAAUUAUUCGUUCCGAACGGGGGCCUUCUGGCAUUCGGCUGAAGAGAAGAAGCAGCUCAUUUUGGAAUUGCUCACGAGUCUGCGGAUAGAGAAUGUCGACGUUCUGAUCGGGCAUUCAGCCGGAGUGUAUCCAGCACUGUUGACAGCCCUGUAUUCCCCGAUCCGGGUAAGAUCUCUAGUAUCCUUAUCCAGCUCCGGGACGAAGAUUUUAAGAUUUCUUCAUCCGGAGUGGCUCUUCUCGAAAAUACUUCUACCCCUCGUUCGGCGUCCUUCGACUAGACCCGCUGUUCUGGCACUCUUCGACGCCGCGAUGGUCGUAACAGGUUUCGACAAGAUGAGCGGAUACGACGCAUGCUCGUCCCAGCAAAGUCAACAUGCUACCAGAUACUGGGACAAGCGGAACGCUCCUCGUUGGUUCAGCGAUCUUGAACGAAAAGAUAUACCUCGGUUGAUGAUUUAUGGAGGGAGAGACAGACUCGUCAGACCUAGAGAUAGCGCCGCCCUGACCAAAGUCUGGGGUAGUCCCUCUCCUAGCAGCCAUUUCAUAUUCGACGGCAAGGACGACAAUUCAGCUAGCCUUAAACAAAUGGGGGAUACCGAGAGUCGAUGUCCCGUCCUAGUGUUCAAUGAAGGAGGACACUUCGCCUUCAUGCAGUUCCCCGAAAUUGUCGCUGAGCACAUCGCACGACUGAAUAAAUUCAUGGUUUGACUCAGGUUGUUCGAAAUAAACGAGAUCCCUCUCUUUCAAA